AUGCUGGGCGCGACGCCGCCGCCCCAGGGCGGGUCGCCCUUCUCGCCCUUCCGGGACUACGAGUACCUCACAAUGGACUUUGGCACGCGCAGCCACGUUGAGAGUGUGAGCCUCUACAUGAAUGCCAACCAAACGCUGCUCCUCGACUCGGUCAAAUCGCUUCAAACGGGCCUUGGCCAGCUCCCGGCUGUGGGCGACGGCCACGAGAUGCCACCGUCAACGCGCUCGAGGCGCCUCUGUGCCCAGUGGCGCUGCGACAUGCAGCUCUGGCAGCGUCUUCGCUCCAACUGGGACGCGUCCGUGCUCUGGGCGACGCUGGUCGCGAUCCUGCUCAUGCUCGCCGCCGCCUUCGCGCUCACAUACAUCAUCGACGAGCAGCGGUACACAAACAUCCACUUUGGCGCCCACAUGCUCUGCCUCCUGCCAGAGUGGAACGCCACGGUCAAGGACACGGCGAGUGAAUCCAACAUCAAGAUGCUCAGCACGAUCCUUACGCUCGGCAACUACCUCGUCAUCUUUGUCGUCUCGGCCUUUCUCGCUGUGCAGUGCAGGGCGACGCGACGCAAGAUCCUCGCCAACCCCAACAACACCAAUCUCACGUCCGUGUUUGUCUUGCCAUGCUACGACAUGGUGUGGUUCACGCUCCUCGUCGUCGCUGUCUACAGCAUAAGCGUCAUGGCCGUCUCAAUCACUGUUUCUAUGCAGACGAUCUGGGCCCACCGCGGCGCCGCCUGCUUUCUCAUCUACCUCCCGACCUCGUGGAUCAUGCAGCUCCUUCCGAUUCUCAUGGUGCAGAAAUCUAUUUCCAAGGCAGCCGUGCAGCGCUCUAUGCUUCUCUCGGGCGCCGUCAGCGCGGUCCUGCUCAGCGUCAUGGUGCUGGACAAGGGGCACAUUGCGAUCUUCUUUAUCGUCUUCCACGCCGUCUCGAUCGGCUUUUACACGUGGGCCAAGUUCAUUAGCUUCUCGCGCGCGUCCUUCGACUACAUUUACAUUGUGCUUGUCGCGUCGUCCCUCGUCGGCAUUCUACCGCCCGUGAUGCUCUUGAUCCGGUCGCCGGACGAAGAUGACAUGUACUACUACCUCUACGUGACUGUGACAGUCAUCGGCAACCUCAUCGACUGCUUUGGCAUUCUUGGCAUCAUGCUCACCUUGCGCGCCGACACCAAGUACUGGCUCGGCAUCGACUACAACUCGCUGCACACCAAAGAUCCGGCCAAGUUGUACCUCCGCCUCAUUGCAGAGAGAGGCAUGGUCUCUUCCUUCUCGACGCGCACGUCUGUCUACGACGUCCACUACAUGAUCGAAGAGUUCAAGAAGAGCAUGGUUGACUUUUCGCUCUUGGACCUCGAGUCGGUGGUCGCCCAAGGCGCAACCGCGGUUGUGCUCCGUGGCUCGAUGCAGCGAACGCUACGCGACGCAGUGCCCGUCGCCAUCAAGAUGUACACGUCGCUCUUCGUCACGGACGACGACGUGCGCCGCUUCUCCAAGGAGACGUCGCUCAACAUUGGCCUCUCGCACCCCAACAUUGUGCGGUUUUACGGGCUCUGCGUCGUACCGCCGGCCAUCUGCUUGGUGUUCGAGUACUGCGAAUGGGGGUCGCUCGAACUCGUCUUGCUCGCGCAAAACCGCUCGACGACCGAGUGGGACCUCCCCACAAAACUCAAAGCGUGUUUGGACGCAUGUCGCGCGGUCGCAUACCUCCACAGCUUUAGUCCACCGCUGCUGCACCGGGACAUUAAGACAGCCAACUUUCUCCUAGCCUCGGACGCGAUGCUCAAGCUCAGCGACUUUGGCGAGAGCAACCUCAUGCGGCCCAAGAACGACGGCACGAUGACGGUCGUCGGUAGCGUCGAUUUCAUGGCGCCUGAAAUGAUCUCGGGGGGCCGGCCGGCAUCAGCCGUGUAUGGCACGGCGGCCGACGUGUACAGCUUGACGAUGACGCUCUGGCACAUUCUGGCGCCGGGUCGCAAUCCGUGGAAAGGCCGAUCGCACUUUGAAGUGUAUACGGAGGUGACGCAAGGCCGCCGGCCGACGAUUCCGCUGACGCUGCCACCCGACUGCGUCGAUUUACUCGAGAACGGGUGGGCGGCGGACCCGGCCAAACGCCUCUCGGUGCAAGAGAUUGCAGCGCGUUUCCAAACCUUGUGGCUCCUCGCGAGUCAUCGGCAACACCUGCCGCGCACAGGUCGUCUCCAAUGCGGGUCGUUGGACUAG